AGUCAUAACAUUCGCAAACGAAUCAAAGAAACUCUGAAUAAAUACUGCGGUGAUAAAUUAGAACCUGACUUGGAGAUCCAAUUAGAAUCCACUUACCGUGUUGUUAGAAAUGGCUGCAGCAGUAGCACUAUCAAAAGAGCCUCCUAACGCUACGGAGAUCGAAUUUGAAUUAGACGAUUUUGGAAAGGAUGACCUCGAAGAAAAUGACUCUCGAAGAUCAGAGAGCAUGUCGUCUGAAAGACCGAGAGCAUUGUCUGUCUCUGAUGUUUUGAGUCAGCAUAUUAUGGAAAGGGAUGGUAUGGCUUCUCCGAUUAUCAGGGCUUUUACACGGAGUGCAAUUAACCGGUGGAGAGGUAACGCGGAAAAGAAGAUAACACGAAGAUUGUUGGAGGUGAAAGCUGAGCGUAAGAAGCGAGAUGCAGAAAGUAAAGAGCUUACCCGGCUUGUGGCUAGAACAGUUCCUUUGGAUGUUUUGGCCAGAGACUGGCUUAAUGACAACGAAAUUAGUUCGGAUGUGAGAGUGUAUUUGGUGGAAAACCUCAUGCCAACGUUGAUUUUAGGAGUGGAGAAACUGUUGAACGAGGUGGAAAAGAGAGAUUUGGCAGAUUCUGAGGGGUUCUGUCCAGACUUCAAUCCCAUAGAUUAUUUAGCUCAGUUUCUUAUGAGAAAUAAUCCCAGAUACAGUAACUUUGCUGAAGCCUCUCCCUACGCAAAGGGCCUGCGCAAAGUAGUGGAAGACCUCAAGAAGGAGGUUUUUUCUAUGGAAAAUAACAAACUUGCUAAACUCAAGGCUGAUGCCAAGAAGAGGCGCGAAGCAAGAGAAAAAGAGGAGAAUGAAAGGAACAGGGAAAAGCGACGGCGUUCUAUAGCAUUAGAGGAGCAAUUUCCUGAGUGGACGGCUGAUUGGAAUGGGGUUCUACCACUGUCAGUGGUUCAAAAUGUGCUGAAAUCUUUUGAAGAAGUAGCCACAAAUCUUCCAGAUGAAAUCAGGAAAGGUGCAGCCUUUCUUAUUCCUCUUGAAACAACAGAUUCCACUGACAAGAUGGUGAAUCUUCAGCAAUUUAAAGAAUAUGUUCGUCCAUAUGCUGGCAAUUUGUCUAAGGAAGCUUUCAAUGCAUUUAUUGAACACUUAACUCGCUGUGCUGCACACUACAGAAUUGCAACUGUGAAAGAAGCCAUGAGACUUACUUUGAGGAACCUUUUCUUGAGCUGUGACAUGAAGAAUUCUGGUCAUGUGGACAGAAAGCGUAUUUUGGAUAUCAUGAGCUCAUUUUACGAUAAUGCCGUUGAAGCUGUUAGGUCUUCUUUACAAAAUCCAAGGAAAUGGCCAGUUUUAGAAAUAGAAGAAACCACAGAUGAAGAUGAAGAUGAAGAGCCGAAGGGCAAACAAGACACUGGAACAGGAACAGAUGAUCAACCCAAAAUACAAGUAGAACAAGCAGACCCUGAAGAAAUCCCACCCAAGGAGGAUGCCAAUGAACCAGAACAAGUGUCAGAGGAACCAAAAGAAGGAGAGAAAGAAAAGCUAGAAGAGACUCCUGCAGAAGAAGACACUGCCCAGAAACCAACAGAAGAAGAUGAAAAACCUCAAGAAGCUGAGGAGGGAGAGGAGCAAAGCAUUGAUAAAGCUAAGGAACAAACUGGUGAUGGAAAUGGUGAUGAACAGAUAGAAGGUGAGGAAGAUGAUAAUCAAGACGAAUUACAAGACAAUGCUGUUGAAAAAGAGAACAUAAAGGAAAAAUUGUUAGAUAACGAAGAAGAAGACAGAAAGCUGCUGGAAUCAAUCCCAGAUGAAAUUGAUGAUCAGAUGUCAGAUCAGGAAGACACAGAAACAUCAGCCAGCACACUACCAAGACCCAGGUCUGCUACUGAAGGAUCAGCAUUUGAUGAAAACUCACUUAAUCAGCCACAGUUUAUACAUUUGCUGGAAAAGUUUCUUGGAAAUACCCCUAUCAAGCAAGUGUUCGAUGAUCUCGUCCGGUUUGUAAGAGCCAGCUAUGUGGAAACAGAUGAUGAAAGAAUGGCAAGAAUAAACAAGGCUCGUUUAGAGGCACGUUCAGCUAAGAGGCGUCGGCAGGUGGAUCAGCUUUAUGAGUUGUGGGACGUGAACGCCUCUGGGUAUCUGGAACUGGAUGAAAUUCAAGUUGUGUUGAACAAAUGGCGCGUGGAUGGAAUUGACAACUUCAAGCAAGCCCUGAAGGUAUUCGGUGAAGUAGACAAUACCCUCAACAAACGCACAUUCCGUGAGUGUAUUGAUGCUAUAAUAAAGUCUUUUCCAGAAGAAGACGUGUUUGACUCAUUGAUCCACUUCCUCACCACAAGCGUAGAGCGGUCUUUCGAAGAGCGUAGGCGGGGUGAUGCACGGAAAAGAUGGAUGACGAUGAUUGAUGCCGCUGCUCAGACUGGCGGAGCGCAACUCGAUCCGGUCUAUCGUGCGGUGUACCAUGUACUCUUCAAAGACGCGGAUGAGCAUGGAAAAGGGAAAAUAUUGAGUUCUUCAGUGAGUAUGCUUGAAAACAACGACGACCCGAGCCAAAUGCACCGCGGUGAGACAAUUUUACGAUACAUGUCCAGCACAGUGGAUGACAUUCCAUACGUUGUGGGCAAAGUUUUGUAUAGAGACAUGAAGACAGUUUCUUGGGCUGCAGUGGACUCUGGGAAGCCUAUCCACGUCCCUAAGGUGUCAACUCACUCUGGAGUGACGAUGUGGAAUCCUACCCGGAGAGAAGAGGGAGGAGACGGUUCGUUUAUUGCACUGCCGCUAAAGGAUCAUGAACGACGAGUAAUCGGUAUCCUGGGUAUAGACACCUUAGCGGACCCUCAUAAACCAGUAUUCAUCACACAUGAGAUCAGCUUCUUCCAAGGUGUAGCCAAAGCCUUGAGUCAGGCCAUACAGUUUGUUGAUAUUCGUCGGAAAACACUCAGAGUUGCUGAGUCAGCAGUGUCUUGGAUCUUGCGACGGAGUCCUAAUGUGCAGAAUGUCAAUGUUUACUUAGUGGAACCCGGAUUAAAGCCAUCUGACGGUUUGGUCCUCCGCCGAAUGAGGACGCUGGCCCAUAACGGGUUCAGCCAGCACUAUACAAGUCCGCCAAGGCUGGACAGAAGAGAUAACCUGUUCAGGGACUAUUUGUUUAAAUGUGUGGAGAGCUCAGAGACCAUCACUGCAGAUGCGUAUGGAGAGCGUCACAUGGCUUUUCCCCUCAGAGAUGGGGAAGGGAGAGCUGUUGCCGUAGUUGACAUAAGUAUCGGUGAACUUAGAGCACUUCCACCGCACGAGAACAAGGAAAUACAACGCAUGCUCAAACUGCUGGCCAAGGCACACAGAGAGGUGGCUCGAGAAAUCACCAGUGGAGCGGCAGAGAAACACAUCGUGUUGGAGGUGGAAAAAGAGUACGAAGACGCCCGUAUUGAUGUUUUGUUUGACCGACUGAUGCUGUUGGACCUGAGAGAGAACGUGGGAAGACUGGACGCCAGGGCUUUCGCCGAGAUCAAGAGCUACAAGGAUCCGCCCAAAGUGAUUCACGAUAUUCUGAAGGCAGUUUUAGGCAUCUUCCAUCCGGAUUUGGAGAAGCAGGACAAGUUUAACGAGUGGAGCAUGUGCAAACAAAUGGUCAACCCAGAUCUAGUUCGUCUGAUUACAUCCUACGAUCCUACAGCGAGGGCAAACACUGUUAGCGUGGAUGCGAAAUCUUUAGCUGGAAAACUACAGGAUGUGCCUCAAGGUGCUGUGGCAAAGCACGGUUCAUUACCAGCUCAGUAUCUGUUCAAUUGGGCUUUCGUUUGCUUGUCUCUGAUUGAACACACGGAGAAGAUGUGCGAAACACGUCCGGGAAAAGUUGUGAGCCCGCAGGCCAAGAGCGAAGUGGUCACCGAUGUCGGAAAGGGAAGGCCCUCGCCCCAGGAAACAUGGACGCGUUCGGAUACGACCGAGUAAUUUUCUCUUGAUGAAUCUAGAUAGUAAUGUUUUAGGUUAAAAGUCCAUCAUACAUUUACUACGUAAAGGUAUUCUAACUGAAUACAACCGAGAAUAGAGAAGAUAUACAAUGAUUACGAGUGUAGAACUUGGAAAUUAGACGUAAUUUCUUUUUAAGCUGCAUAAACGGUUGCAUGAUCUUAUAUUCCAAGCUUUCAUUUUGAGCAGCGCUGCCUUAACGGAGAGAGCUGUGGAGAAAGUUAACAGGUCU